ACAGUAAGGAACUUAAUUGUUAUCCAGAAAUGAUUUGAUAUUGAGAUAAAAACGGCUGCAUUGGAAUGUCAGAAUGCUGACUGUUUGGAUAGUUGUCUGAGCUGUCACUGAAAUCCCUUUUGUGUUAUUCUCAAACUAAUGUGUCACAGUAGUAUCAACUGAGAGAAGCUAAGAUUGGAUGUGACAAUCUAUUUUUCAGUCUGGUUGUUCCAGACAGACACGAAUACAACAUCCUUAUUGGUUGACAGCCAUUUAGUCUGUCUCAAAACUGAAUUAGAACAGGACAUCAAGAGUAGGUUUUGUAAACAAAUAUUUCAUUUGAUCUCAAAUGAUCUCAUUUGUUGCUCUGGGACACAGGAAAGAUGAUCUGCCAGGCGUUUAGAGUCUUGCUACUGAAUCAUUUUCCUACGGAGUGAAUACAUUAUGUUGAAACGUGCUGAUGAGAGGAAUCAUUGUUGUCAUUUGAUUCAUCAUGGUAAAACGGAGAGUAGGUUGAGAAUAUUGCCAUUCUGUGUUGCUACCUUGAUGUUGAUGUUGUCAGCUGCCUUCAAAAGCACUAACUGGCUAUUUAAAAAUAAAUGACUGAAGACCCCUUCUGUCAUUCACUGUGAUUGGGCAAGCCCAUGUAAACUACAACUCUGAUUGGCUACUAUCUGUGUCCAUCUCGUGUGUGUUUCUUGACAUUACAAUUGGCGUCUGUCCCAUCACACACGGAAAGGAAGCAAGGAGCGCGUGGAGUGGAGGUGCAUACGAGCUUUUCUAUUGUCACCAGUCAAAGAACACAGGAGAAGUACACACCCAGGAAUUAUCUAGGCGACAUGGACAAAAACGGGAAAGCCAUGGAGGAGUUGGUGUGUGAGCUGCGGCUGUUCCUGGACCUGCUGGACAGGGAGUAUCUGAGCACUGGGGUCAGGGAGAAGAAGAGGCUCAUCUCCAACAUCCUCAACAGGGUCCUCAAUGCUAAAGAGCCCUCGUUCAAGUCAGAGGUCCACAGCAGCCUCCCGGCCCCCCCUCAGAUGCCCCUCCCUGAGAUCCCACACCCCUGGCUCCCUCCAGACAAUGGUCCGCCUCCUCUCCCCAGCUCCUCUCUCCCAGAGGGAUACUAUGAAGAGGCCGUCCCCCUCAGUCCUGGAAAAGCCCCAGAAUACAUCACCUCCAACUAUGAUUCUGACCAGAUGAGCAGUUCGUAUGAGUCGUAUGACGAGGAGGAGGAGGAUGGGAAGGGGAACAUGGGGAAGAAGAUGCGUCACCAGUGGCCUAGCGAGGAGGCCUCCAUGGACCUGGUCAAGGACGCACGCAUCUGUGCCUUCCUGCUGCGCAAGAAACGCUUCGGCCAGUGGACCAAGCUGCUCUGUGUCAUCAAGGACAACAAGCUGCUGUGCUACAAGUCUUCUAAAGACCAGACGCCCCAGAUGGAGCUGGCGUUAUCAGGCUGCAGCAUCACACAUGUCCCCAAGGACGGCAAGAAGAAGAAACACGAGCUGAAGAUAGUCCACCAGGGGGCAGAUGCCCUGGUUCUGGCCGUGCAGAGCAAAGAACAAGCUGAGGAGUGGCUCAAGGUGAUGAGGGAGGUGUGCAGUAACGGCUGUGACUCAGAUGUAGCAGGGUCUCCUGUGCACAAACCCGACCUGCACAAGAAGGUGUUGUGUGAUAGGCCGAGCUCGGACGGAGAGCCGCCCAAUGAGAACGGACACACCGUCACCGACUGUAAGGACCAAGUUAAAGGGAAGAAGGACUCUCAGAAGAGUCAGAAGGGAGGCACGCUGGGUAAAGGGGCGGGGAAGAAGAUCACUAAGAUCAUUGGCCUAGGCAAGAAGAAGCCGUCCACUGACGAACAGACCUCUUCAGCCGAGGAGGACAUACCCACCUGUGGCUACCUGAACGUGCUGUCCAAUAACCGCUGGCGUGAGCGUUGGUGUCGUCUGAAGGACAACCAGCUGCUGCUCCAUAAGGACCGUGCUGACCUGAAGACCCACACGGCCAGCCUGCCCCUCAGAGGCUGCGAGGUCAGCCCCGGACUGGACUCCAAACACCCCUUCGCCUUCCGCCUGCUCCGCAACGGACAGGAGGUGGCUGUACUGGAGGCGUCCUCCUCAGAGAGUAUGGGUCGGUGGCUGGGGGUGCUGCUAGCUGAGACUGGCUCCACCACAGACCCUGCUGCCUUGCACUACGACUACAUAGACGUAGAGACUACCGCUAACGUUAUCCAGCUGGCCAAGCAGUCCUUCUGCUUCACUAGUAAACGUGCUGUAUCUCCCAACCCCUAUCUGGACAACCCUGUCAACAGUUACGCGUGUCCCUCUGGAAUGGCGCUGCACUAUGAUGAUGUGCCCAUCAAUGGAACGGACCCAGAGGCGCUAUACUCCAGCCCUGCCACCGGAGGACGACGUCUGAGAGAGGAGGUGUUGUAUGAGAACGCUGACCCUGACCUGUAUGAGAACAUGCCUUCGCCCAAGCUGCCCGCCCGCUACUCCCCCAAACCCAGUCGCCUGGCAUCUUCCUCCUCCUCCUCUUCCUCCAGCCACUACAAAACCCCUGGCCCUGUCAAAUCCAAACUCCUCUCCUCUUCCUCAACUAACACUAAAGCCGUUGCUCAGCUGAAGGGAAAAAAGGCCUCAGUGACCAAUGGGGCGGCGUCUAAACAGAAGGUGGACAAGAACCAAGCCAAGAAGACCAACGGCACAGCCACCAAUGGAACAGCGUCUGUGAAACGGAACAACUCAAGUGGAGAACAGUAUAAGUAUGGUAAGAACCGUGUUGAGGCGGACGCCAAGCGGCUGCAGGCUAAAGAGGAGGAGCUAAUCAAGCGGAAACAGGACAUCAGGAACCGUCUGACCCAGCUGAAGAAGGACAGGAAAGACCUGCGCACCACCAUGGAGGCCAGCACCGGUAAGCGUUCCGCUGCAUCCCUGGCGGAGCGGCUGAAGAAGGUGGAGGACGAGUGCAAGCUGAAGGAGGACGAGAGGGUGAGCCUGGAGCUGGAGCUGACGGAGGUCAAGGAGAGUCUGAAGAAGGCCCUGAACGGAGGAGUCAUUCUGGGACUCACCAUCGAGCCAAAGUCUGGCACCUCCAGCCCACAGUCCCCAGUGUUGCUGAGACGUACCAUGGAGAACUCUCCCAUCUCCAGCUGUGACACCAGCGACACAGAGAGCUGUUCUACUCUGCCCGUCAACAGCGCCUCCCUCCUCCGCAGAACGACCAAUCAGAAACCCUCGGCCGUCCGCGGGCACGUCCUCAAUAAGGCCAAAGAAUGGGAGAGGAAGACUGCCACAUGAGCAACAACUCUCUUCACAACAAUCCUAUCUUAUUUGCUUGUAUUUUUUUAUGUGUGUAUAUAUUUAUUUCAAACCGUUUUUUUGUUGUUGUUGCAGACACCCACUUUCAUACAGUCUCUUGUCGCCUGUUUCUCCAUCACAUAAAUCAAUCUGGUUUCUACAAUUCUUGGGGUUCAGAAAUCAAGUGCAUAUUUAUUUGUAAAUGUUUAUUAGGUAAAUACUAGCAUCCUUGUGAUUAUUUAUGUCGAUAAUAUUUCAUACUUGUUUUAUAGUAUUGCUCCAAUGUUAUGUCCUACUCAGUUGGAAGCUCUCUUGUUCAUAAGCAUCAGUUUAGAACCGUAACUACACUGCGCCACUAAUGUUCACAUCAUCUGGAUCCAGCCAUUAGGAUCACUGUUAGGCGAUCCAGAUGAUUUGCAGAUCAUCAAACCAGCAAUACACCUAGUCCUUAGUGGUUGAUGCCUGGGAGUGGGCCAUUGGAAUGCGCCACUCAGUGAAGUGUAGGUCAGGCUAAGGUGUGGUGGUGGUGUUCUGGUGAGUUUGGCCACUGGCGUUGGAAAAGUCUGAAACCUCAAGUAACGUGUUCUCUUGUAUUUACGCUUCGACAUCCAGGAGCCUCGAUCAAGGUUUUAAUCAUGCCGCUGGUGCACUGUAGCCCUGUGGUCUGAUCUCUGUGUGUGUGUGUGUGUGUGUGUGUGUUUAACUAUUCUUGUGGUGACCAGAAGUCCCCACAAGAAUAGU